CUGGAACUGAAGCUCCGGCGAAAGCUGACGUGAGAAUUAAAUAAAUAAACGGGGGAAACAACCGACGAGGCUGGAAGCCGGGUGAUUGAAAGCGUACGAGCCGACGGACGAGCACCUCUAUCGCUUCUGGUUUUUAAAAAGAUUAAAAAAAAAUAUUUAGACGAUACGGCGACGGCUUUUUGUGACACCGAUCGGGGGGACUGGACGCUGCCGUUCCGGGCAGCCUGCGCCGCGGCCGCUGCGUCAACUCGAGUGACCUGGAUGUGAAAAUGGGAAGUAGGCCGAAAGUCGGUGCGGUGGGAAGGCAGUGAGGCAGCGGCAGAAAGAGGGAUGCUUAGGAACCGGACACAAAAUAAGAUAAAGAAUAGUAAUCCCACCAUUCCUGGAAAACGCCAUCGGCCACCCAUUUCGCUUGUCCUUCAUACGCCGAUGAGCUUCGCGGGGAUCCGGGAUGCGGGCUUGCGGUCGCACAGCCGCUAACCAGCUAGUUAUUGGCAUAACAGGGGAAUAACGAUGCGCAGCAUCCAGUCACCUGAGCUUUCUGGCUCGGUUUAAAGGUGUAAAGGAGCGUGCUGCUGUAUGUUGAGCCUGGUUAGAAGUCAGGCGUUGCAACGUAUGCGCCCGAUUGCAAGAUACAGUAAAGUGUUCGCCUGUUAAUCGCUUGACAGGGGUAGAUAAUUUGUACCUAGCUAAAAAUCUAGCUAAAAUAGUAAUAUAUUGCAUGUUGCAAAAAAAUAACAUAAAUAUACUAGCAUUCAUUCAUAAUUAAUUAAUUCGAUUCGGUUUUUGAAUGCGUGCUGAACACUAAGGGUAAAUAUAGCGGUGAUUGAAUUUACCGGGGGUGGGGGAGCGAUUGGGCAGUUUAUCAUAGGGGUACCUGUCAAAGUUGCAGUACCUCUUAUCACGGAUUCAUUGUAACCUACGCCUGUACAACGAUGGCCCAAGAAGCGUUUCCUUUACAUUUUCUGGUGUGGAAUAAUCAAUACCUGGAGCUCGACCGAGAACUGCAGAAAAACCAGCAUGAUGUGGAGAAGUUGGACCCUCGGAGUCGCACCCCGCUGGAGCUCGCUAUAUGCCUGGGUCACUUGGAGUCCACGCGUGUGCUGCUAAGGCACUCUGCUGACCCCACACAUUGCAAUGCUCAAGGCUGGACUGUUCUGCAGGAGGCAGUCAGUACUGGAGACCCAGAGCUUGUACAGCUGGUGCUGCAGCAUAGGGACUACAAGAGGGCCACAGAGAGGCUGGCUGGAAUUCCAGAGCUGCUCAGCAAACUGAGACAGGCACAGGAUUUCUACGUGGAAAUGAAGUGGGAAUUUACGAGCUGGGUGCCGCUGGUGUCGAAGGUGUGCCCCAGCGAUGUGUACCGAGUGUGGAAGAGCGGCUCCUGCCUGCGAGUGGACACGACGCUGCUGGGCUUCGAACACAUGACCUGGCUGAAGGGCCGACGUAGCUACAUAUUUAAGGGAGGAGACAGUGGUGCUGUUGUUAUGGAGGUAGACCACGAGAAGCAGGUGGUGUACACAGAGCCCCUCUCCCUGUCUCCCCGGGACGCCUCCUCCCUCCUAGCUGCCAUGUUGCCAUCCCAGGAGAACACGGCCCAGCGCCUCACGUCCCCCAUCGUCUCCACCCACCUCAACACCUGCAACAUCGCUUUUGAGAGGAACAAGUCCGGCAUCUGGGGCUGGCGCUCAGAGAAGACCGAAGUAGUCAGUGGGUACGAAGCCAAGGUGUUCAGUGCCAGCAAUGUGGAACUGGUGACACGAUCGAGGACAGAACACCUCUCAGACCAGGACAAGUCGCGGAGCAAAGGUUCAAAGACCCCUCUCCAGUCCUUUCUAGGCAUAGCAGAGCAGCACGUCCCUCAUAACGGAAGUCACGUCUCUCAAUGCGCGAGUCCUCACAACCCCACGGCGAUCACCGCCGAGGAGUACUUCAACCCGGAGUUCGACCUCAACAACAGGGAUAUUGGGCGGCCGGUGGAGCUUACCAGCAAAGUGCAGAGGUUCAAGGCGAACCUCUGGCUCAGUGAAGCUCACCCCCUCUCCUUGGCUGAGCAGGUCACGCCCAUCAUCGACCUCAUGGCCAUCUCCAACGCCCACUUCGCCAAACUGCGUGAUUUCAUCACCCUCCGCCUUCCCCCCGGCUUUCCGGUCAAGAUAGAGAUCCCUCUGUUCCAUGUGCUCAAUGCGAGAGUGACCUUCAGUAACCUCUGUGGCUGUGAUGAGCCGGUUAGCUCUGUCACUGUCCACACACCGGAGGCUGCCCCCGAAGCUGGGCAGCCUCCCCCUCCCCUACAAUGCGAGGUGGAUCCUUCCGUGUUUGAACCCCCUCCAGACUACACUACCCUUGGUCCGGGCCGCAGCGAACCCCUGAGAGAUGAGGACGACAACCUAUUGCAGUUUGCGAUUCAGCAAAGCCUAUUGGACGCAGGCACUGAGAGUGACCAGGUGACGGUAUGGGAGGCACUAACCAACAGCCGGCCGCCUUCGCACUCGGCCCUGUACCAGGAGGACUCGCAGCUCGAGAGGGCGAUCCAGGAGUCCCUGUCCCAUUCCUUAACUGUCACAGAUGAAGGGGACACCCUGGGAUUAGAAGAGCCCCAGAACCUACAGCCAGUGUCCUCCCCAGACCAGGUGGUCCAUUACCCCCCUUCUUACAGCUCACUGACUGAUCAGAGGGACCCGGGGGUGGUCGGCGUGGCGACCAGUUUUGACGAGCAGCUGCGUAUUGCCAUGGAGCUGUCCUGCAGGGACCAAGAGGAAAUGGACAGGAAACGUCGGGAGGAGGAAGAGGAGCUGGAGAGGAUAUUACAGCUGUCACUCACAGAGAAGUAACCAAGAGCCACACCGGGAAAGGGGCUUUCGAUAGGACAAUAAGCUGUUUAUUACCUGUGCUUUACCUGAAAUGUUAAGUUAUUGGUAUUUGUUUAUUUUUGUCAUUUGAAGAAACUCAACGCGUACCUUGAAGGACGGUAGAGCUAAGGAAGAGUAAGGAUACAUUCUUAACCUUCCUGACCAAAAUUCUGACCUUAAUGAAUGGUGAAAGCUCAGCCAGAAUUGUGGCUAUCGACGUAUAAGCAGAAGGUUGCUGGUUCAAGUUCCAGAAUUGCUCCAGGAGAUCUAUAAAUUAAAAAAAUAUAUAUAUCUGCCUAGAUUCCCCUGGAAUAAAGAAUUUGCUAAUAAAAAAACAAGUGCCAGACUGCCUGCGAGGUGUUCUUCAGCACGUGACGACUUGUUGCAGGCACGAGAGUUAAUUCAUUACAUCUACUCAGCUAAACGGUCUGGCGCGCAUUCAGACAUACGGAAGCGAUAAUAGUAAUAAUAGAUUUUCCACAUUCCUGCUAUCAUAAUUUUAUCAGAAAUUCUGAAAUGCAUUUUAAAAAAAAAAAAGAUGAGAGUAUAAUUACUGGAAGAAAUGUUUAAACCUGAGCUAUGCUGGUUGACUAAUGAAUGAUGUGGAUAAUAAAUAAAGUCAGUGAAUGUU